AUGUUGUUUACGUGGUUAAGACUGAGUUGGACUCCAUUAGAUAUUAUUUUUCUUGUUGCAUUUGUCAUUUUGCUCGCAUUGACAGAAUAUCGACCAAUAUGGCUGAGAGUUAAAAAAAAAAAGAAAAGAACAACAGUUGGCAAUAAAUUGACUUUCAAGGACAUACCUGGCCCGAGACCCAGUUUACCCAUUUUGGGUACGCGUUGGAUAUUUUCUUCAAUCGGACCGUAUAAAUUAAAUAAAAUACACGAAGCGUAUAAGCACAUGUUCGAAGAAUAUGGUAAAGUGGUGAAAGAGGAAACUCUUUGGAAUCAUCCGGUGGUCAACAUAAUGGACAAGAAGUCCAUUGAAGAAGUGCUCAUGCAUCACAGUAAAUAUCCAUUGAGACCACCGACGGAAGUAACCGUUUACUACAGAAAAAGUAGACCCGAUCGUUAUACAAAUCUCGGAAUAAUUAACGAGCAAGGAGAAAUCUGGCACAACCUUCGUAGCGUGCUCACGGCGGAAUUGACAAGCACCAAAACGGUGAUGAGAUUUCUUCCAGAACAAAACGCGGUCACUGACGAUUUCAUAUCCUUGUUGAAAACGACGAGAAACGAUAAUAACGAAGUUCAUUCCUUUGAGGAAUUCACGAACAGAAUGGGUCUGGAAAUAACGUGCACGCUCAUACUGGGAAGGAGAAUGGGUUUCCUGGACGACGAAGUCGACGAAUUGGCGGAAAAAUUAGCCGCCGCGGUCAAAGUUCAUUUUUGCGCGUCUCGCGACACUUUCUACGGAUUGCCAUUUUGGAAAGCUUUCCCAACAAAAUCCUACAAACAAUUUGUCGAAAGCGAAGAAGUCAUUUACGAAAUAAUAUCGGAUUUGGUGGAAAAAUCUAGAAAAGAAGAAAACGACACGUGUCAAACAAACGAUGUACAAAGCGUUUUUGUAUCUAUAUUAAAAGCAAAAGGAUUGGACGAAAGAGAUAAAAAAGCUGCCAUUAUUGAUUUCAUAGCCGCAGGAAUAAGAACGUUUGGUAACACUUUGGUAUUUUUGAUGUACCUCAUUGCCAAGCAUAAAAACGUACAAGAACAACUUCACGAAGAAGUAUCGAGAUUGGUGUUGAGACGAAGCACCGUCACGCCGGACGCAUUGAAAAACGCAUCUUAUUUAAGGGCUUGCAUAACGGAAGCUUUUCGAGUACUACCCACGGCCCCCUGCAUAGCGAGAAUAUUAGAAAGUGAUAUGGACGUGUGCGGGUAUCAUUUGAAACCGGGAACGGUUGUUUUGUGUCACACGUGGAUGGCGUGCAUGCAAGAAGUUAAUUUCGAAAGCGCGGGACAUUUCAAACCGGAACGAUGGCUCGCGGAAGGUUCGAAAAGGAGUAAUUAUUUGGUCGCACCGUUCGGAAGCGGACGACGAAUGUGUCCCGGUAAAAGAUUCAUGGAACAGGAAUUGCAAAUUGUUCUUGCCAAGAUCGUGUUGGAAUUUCAUUUGGAAUUCGAUGGAGAUUUGGAACUCAUGUUUGAAUUUUUACUAGCUCCCAAAGGUCCCGUCAAGUUAAAACUGAUAGACAGAGAAUAA